UCCACCCCAUCAACACCUACUCAUCAACUCUUCACAAACAAGCACUAAGGCAAGUUUCCAUCGCCACCAGCGAAUACUAUACCGUUGCUACACUGUAUAGCACUUAUCACCUUAUCAUAAUCAGUCAAAUACACUCCACCUGUCUUUGAUUUCACUCGCCACUAUGCAAAUCUUUGUCAAAACUUUGACCGGAAAGACGAUCACUUUGGAGGUUGAAUCCUCCGAUACCAUUGACAACGUCAAGGCCAAGAUUCAAGACAAGGAAGGUAUCCCACCAGACCAACAACGUCUUAUCUUUGCUGGUAAACAACUAGAAGAUGGACGUACUUUGGCCGAUUACAAUAUCCAAAAAGAAAGCACUCUCCAUCUCGUCUUGAGAUUGCGCGGUGGUAUGCAAAUCUUUGUCAAAACAUUGACAGGAAAGACAAUCACCUUGGAAGUAGAAUCAUCUGAUACAAUCGAUAACGUCAAAGCCAAGAUUCAGGAUAAGGAGGGUAUCCCACCAGACCAACAACGUUUGAUCUUUGCCGGUAAGCAACUGGAAGAUGGACGCACCUUGGCCGAUUACAAUAUCCAAAAGGAAAGCACUCUCCAUCUUGUUUUGCGCUUGCGUGGCGGAGGAAAACAAAGAUGCAAGAACGGCAAAGAGACAGACGCACAGUGUAAAGAAGCAGCAAUGAAGUUGGCAGGAGAAUGCCCUCAUUGCCACUUGGCCUUCUGUGCAAAACACAGAUUGCCAGAAGCACACACAUGUGCUUACAAUAGUACGAUCAGACAAGAUGCAUUCAUGGCAAACAAGAAGAAGCUUGAAUCUGAACGUACUCAAGCCGAUCAUGGUUUGGCCCGUUAAUGGCAUGCUCGAGUUUAUUGCUCCAUCUAUACUCUCCACUCGAUUCCCCUGCAUUUCCCCAUUUUUGCUGCAAUGACAGCGAUCAAUUUACCCAGUUUCUCAGCAUAGUUUCGUUUCUGUAAUAGCAUACAUAUAUUUUAUACAUCUGCAAUCGAGUAUAAAGUUCACUGAUAAACCUUUGUGUGAUGAUCGAAAUAGUGGAUU